GGACUAGAAGAGAUGGAGGGAAAAGAGGGGAAAAUGGGCAGAGGGUUUCAGGUAGUGAGGUGUGGGUACUAAGAGAGCAGGGGGAAGGAAAGCAGGGCUCUGCCUGGCCCUUAGGGAAGGAGGAGGUAUGGGUUCCUCGAGAGCCUAGGAAACAUAGAAGUGCAUAUUUAAUGGCGGACAACACCAAGUGGACUCCUCGUAACACUAAACCGGGGUUUUCUGAUAAGGGUGAACCUUGAACAGAUGUAUGGGGUAGUAUACCUCGUCCUGUGGAGGAGACAUCUAAACUGUUGUGUGUGCGUGUUGUGCGUGUCUGUCCUUAUGGGGGAGGGUGUUUGGGGAGUCUAUUGUCACCUUUUGGGGGGAGUAAGACACUUCUAGGGUGCACUUUGAUUCACUGCACUAAGCCGAUUUACUGGUGCUGCUUUCCUAUUUCUAUAUAUGGUGCUAAAACCAGGUGCUAUGAGGUGCUGUAUACUGCAUGCUGAUAAUUUUGUUAUGGGGCUUGGAGGAACUAUUCCUAUACAGGGUUCUCACCCCUUUAGAAAGGGGCACGUCGGGUCUCUUUUAGAAGUUCUUUAAAUGGGGUCGGGAAGGAAUAAUUUUUGAUAAAAUAAUAUGGUGCUGUUGCCAAUUUUGUGGCAAACAUGAAUUCUACCUGUUAAACUAUGUGACCAGAGCCAGCAACAAAGAAAACUGUGACUGUUUUGGUGCCCAUCCUGCAAUCAUCAUGAAUACUCUGUCAUUCAACCCUCUAUGGUGCCUACUUGUCUUUUCGCUGCUUCCCCUCACUUUUGCUAAAGAGGGAAGUAAGAAAUUGCAGAUUGGUGUGAAGAAGAGAAUGGAAAAUUGUCCCAUUAAAUCUCGGAAAGGGGAUACCCUCAACAUGCAUUACACAGGAAAGUUGGAGGAUGGCACAGAGUUUGAUAGCAGCAUUCCCAGAAAUCAACCAUUCACCUUCACACUGGGCGCUGGACAGGUCAUCAAGGGCUGGGACCAAGGUUUACUCGGAAUGUGUGAGGGAGAGAAAAGGAAGCUGGUUAUUCCGUCAGAAUUAGGAUAUGGAGACAGGGGAGCACCCCCAAAAAUUCCAGGAGGAGCUACUCUGAUUUUCGAGGUGGAACUGCUAAAGAUUGAAAGAAGAUCGGAAUUGUAGAUGGGGCUAUGGGACAAGCUUGUUUCUCCAUUUAGGGCCCUGUAUGUUGGGAAAGUGGCAUCUUACACACUGCUCAAUAAACACAAACACACCAUUUUGA